CCUCAUUCACGUCCACGCUCGUGUCGCGCAAGGAGCUCGUCGCCUUCAUCGUCAUCUUCUUCAUCCUCCGAAAUCACUUCUUCUCACUUUUAACUUCUAUUUCUUUUUUACCCGGAUACUUCCUUCCCUCGCUGGUGCGUACAACUUCCAGCGCAACUGUUGCGGUUUGACGCAUUGGCGCUCAUUUCUAACAAACGGCUGGCUGGCUGUCGCCCUCUGGUGGACAAAUAGGGAAUUGAGAACAUGUGAUUUCAGCAAACCACAGGAAAUCCUUUGACUUCCAAGGAAACCAAGUUGGACUUUUCUUUUUUAAACCUGCAGCCCAACAAAGAGGAAGGAAUGCAUGAGCCCACAUCUGAGGACCUCAUUUUCUGAGCAUAGAAAAAAAGAGUUUUUCCCGCCGAAAUGCCGACGGAAUCCUUCCAUGCUGCCUACGCUGCGGCGGCUCAGUCCGCCAUCGGCGUGUCCCCCUCGGGGAACCUGCUCCGGAUGUUCCGGGAGUACCACAGCAACGCUGUCAUCCUUGAACACUACAACUUCACAGGCAAGCUGAAGGAGAACAAGUACAAGGAGGGAAUCAAACCGGAGGCCAUCGCCUUCCUGCUGGUGUGCCUUCUCAUCGUGGCGGAGAACGCCGUGGUGCUGGUGGCCAUCUGGAAGAACAAGAAGUUCCAUCUUCCCAUGUACUACUUGUUGGGCAACCUGACUCUCUCCGACCUGCUGGCGGGUUUCACCUACAUGGUCAACCUCCUGACGUCCGGCGAGAACACGCUCAGCAUGACCCCCGUGUUGUGGUUCCUGAGGGAAGGGGGCGUGUUCAUCAUGCUGGCGGCGUCCGUCAUCAGCCUGCUGGCCAUCGCCAUCGAGCGCCACGUGACCAUGGUGAGGAUGAAGCCCUACCAGGGCGACAAGCAAGGCCGGAUGUUCGCUCUGAUCGGCGCCAGCUGGGUGCUCGCCGUGCUGCUGGGGGUCUUGCCGGUCCUGGGUUGGAACUGCAUGGGCCGGCUGAACCGCUGCUCCACCGUGCUGCCGCUCUACGCUAAAAGCUACAUCCUCUUCUGCGUCACCAUCUUCAGCGCCGUCCUCAUGUCCAUCGUGGUGCUGUACGUCCGCAUCUUCCGCAUCGUCAAGUCCAACACCCAGCGCCUGGGCUCGGGUCCGCUGAGGAAAGGAUUGUACCGCAAGUCGCAGAAGUACAUGGCCCUGCUGAAGACGGUCACCAUCGUCCUGGGGGUCUUCAUCGCCUGCUGGCUGCCCCUCUUCGUCCUCCUGUUGCUCGACUUCUUCUGUCCGACCAAGAGCUGCCAAGUGCUCUUCAAGGCGGACUACUUCCUGGGCAUCGCCAUGUUCAACUCCCUUCUCAACCCCAUCAUCUACACCCUGACCAGCAAGGACAUGAGGCGAGCCAUCAUCAGGCUGCUCUGCAGUCCAUGCCUGCUGACCAAAGACGGACAAGUGAAGAAGAUGGGGAUCAACUUCCUGGAGUGCAGCACCAGCAAGACUGACGCCGCCUCUCACAGACUGGAGGGACUGGAGACCACGGUGUCUUCCGGGAACUUUACACCUUCUACCAUAAAAGCCAUUUUCCCCAAAAUGUCAAAGACUUGAUAGCAGAAAAGUAUGAGGUGACCGCUGAUAGACCGGACGUCCAGAAACUGAAACCACGCAUGAUUUAAGCGCGGCGGCGACAAGAGUAUGACUUCAAGACUUCGGGUGAAGCAAGAAGAAUACUUUCUGGGAUUCAUCUUUGGAGAUGAUUGAGUGUCUUAUAAAAAAAAAAUAGCAUUAAAAGGCGCCGUUGGAACGGUAAGCCCUGAUACGUUUCCAAGGUGGUGAUACUGUUUGUUGAAAAAUGACCGAAUUGUACGAAAACCGAACUUUUGCCAUAGAAAAAUAAUGUCAAUCCAAUGAAUCCGUCCAAAAAUAUUUAUCUUCAAUCUUACGUUUGGCUAUACACUCUCGUUUUGAGGGACAUUUUUGUAGACAAUGGAAUUUUACUUUUGAAGUGGAUUACUUGAAUGCACUACAUUUAUCUGCUCAAAACUUGCAAGUUUUGGCAAAAAAAAAAAAAAAGUCCCGUCGGGGUUUAUUUUGAAGUGAAAUUUGCCAGCGAGGCGGAGUCUCCUCACUCAUCUUUGCACUGACCCGAUCACUGAGCGUGUAACGAGCCACGCCCCAUUCCAGGUAACCAUCCACGGUUGUGGUAAAGGGGCGUCACGCUCCAAAUAACGUGCCUGACUAAUCCACGCAGUUACAUGAAUUAUUGCCAUUUUUUCAUUUGACAGUUCUACUCAAUUCACAACAAUACGUAAAAUAUUGAAGGAUAACAUUAAUGAUGACUAAAGGUUAAUAGAGUGGAGAUGAUGGUAAAAGUAAAAUAUGGUAAUAAUUAAAAAGUCUAUUAAUAUUACUAAUAAUGGCUCUAAAUGCCUUAACUACAAGUAUAGUAUACCUCCUUUAACUCUGAGGACAAUUGAUGUGUAUUACCUUCAAAACCAAACAGGACAUGAAAAUCCUUAAUUCUUUAAAAACAUUUUGUACCUUUUUUUUGCUCAAAUAAAUAUAUAUUUUUAACCAUUUUCAAAGAACUUUUUCAGGUUUAAAUGAGUAAAAUAAGUCAUGCUCUGCAAAUGUAUACAAAUUGAAAUCCAUGAUGCUUUUACAAAAAAUGUGUAAUAAAAAAAAAUACAUUACAUGGUUGGUAUUUUUGUUUAGGGCUAAAGUUGAUUUGAGUCGAAAAAAAGGAAACCUAAAAAAUGUAAAACCUUUGAAAAUGUAAGUACUUGUAUGUCCUGUCUGGUUUUAGGGUAUUGUUGAAUAACUGACAGUGUAUUGUACACUUGUAAAAAACCUGUAGAAUAAAGUAACAUAACAAAAAUUACCGACAAAAUACAGCAAAAAUGUACUGAAAAGUCCGCCUUUGUACCCUGAGGGUUAAAAUGCUACUACUAAUACUGAUAAUAACAACAACAGGUAUUGUGUAUGCGCUAAACACAUUUUUAAUGCAGCAGCUACCCUCACGAUCAACAUUUGUAUUUUUUGGUAGUAUAAAAAGGUAUACUUCUGGGCUCUUGGAUUCCAAAAUAGUACUUUUGAGAGAACAUUCUUUUUAAAAAAAAAAAAAACAUGCCUACUGGAUUGGAAAUGUCUCAUUCCUCUAUUUUUGAGAGUGUGCGAUAAACGAGAGACCAGGGCAAGAUUUUAAAUCGGCGUACGAAAACCGAGGUACCACUUUAGUGUGAUAUCAUGACUGGGUGCAGGAAACGAUCAAGGCAUGACGUCUCGGACAGUGGUUUUCAAACCUUAAUCACCAAGUACCACCUCAGACAACGCUUGGCUCUCCAAGUACCACCAUAAUGAUCCACAUUACAAUACAGUAGCGUAGUAGGCCCAAGUAUGCAUUAAAAAAGGCCAGUUUUUAACAGUAACACUGUGUUUGAAUAAAGGAAAAUAAAAACAAUUGGCGUUCCACUGGAUGGAGCCUGCAUACAACUAGCGGAGAGAGAGUAUGGCCAACUCGGUUUCAAUGUUGGUAGCAAACAUGGCGCCCAAUCAGAGAAAGUAUUGCCAAAUGAUUGGUGGAAAGCCCCUCGUGCUUUAUACACGGCUUUUGUCCCUAGUCUAGACAAAAAAGCCCAAUCACAAUCAUAGGUCAACCAAGCAACCGACUAUUGUGUAUAUCGGCUGUAAAGUGAAAGUACUUAUUUUUAUAUCGUUCACAAUUUCGGACAAUAUAAUCGUGCGCUGCUGGAUGAAAACUUUCCUUCGGUCCCCACAAGGCCCGUUGUCAGUCGCCCCUCUGGAGAAACGCCAGCUCGUUUCACCGCCGUUUACUUUUUGUACACAAUCCAAAAUGUAAGAAAUCCACUUAGUGCAGAUGUUUCACAUAAAUUACAGCCAAUUACGCAGUCCGUCCAAGGGAGCGUAACCAAAUGCCGAGAGCAUGAGAAGCUUUCCCUAUCUCCUCUCCUCCGUGUGUAGCAGAUAAUGACACGCCGCUGCAAACAUCCACACCCAAACUCGGCAGCCAAAGAAAAAAAAAAACUAUGUAAUUUCUGCCAUCUGAGUUUUGGUCUGGACCAUUGCAGAGCAGAGCCCCCACCGCCUCAGAAGACAUCUGUAGCUGGCGCUGAAGACGUCAUAUUUGGUUCUCUCGGAUGCUUUUAGCGUGUAGCCAUGGGGCGGUGCGUGGCUCGGCGGUAAUUAAGCUGAUGACAGUUUAAUGGGUUGGAAAAAGCCUGCAGUCGGCCCGUCAUGUAGCGUGAGAGAACUUUGUUGGUGGAAAAAUAUUUCUGAUGGAAGUGGUAAUGUAACAACCUGCACUGUCAACCUUUGCAUGUAUUUUAUGGUAGCAAUCAUAUAAAUACACAAUGGGCAUUUUCAUGUAUAUACCUGUAAAGACAAAACAUCUAUUCAGAGAUUUGUACAGUUUUUUUGUACAUAUGUAGCAAGUGUGUUUUUCAUAUAAAAGUCUUAAGUUAUGUAAUUUGAUGUGCACUGAAUAAACCAUGUUUAUACUGAUGUUUGCCCUCUACAGCAGGGGUGUCCUAACUUUUUCCACAAUAAGGCAAUUUGAUAUUUUCUUUAUUUUGUUAAAAAAAAAAAAAAACUCAAUAUGUUUACGUCUAAGGACAAAAGUUAGUGUUAGCUUUGUGUGAUAAGGUCGAAAAAGUGUAUUAUUGUUAGUUAUUUCUGCUGUGUUCAAAGCGUGGCCAGGGGGCCAUUUGUGGACAGCAGCUUGGAUUUUGUUGGCCCGAAAAAUAUUGUCGGGGGGGGACGGAAAAAAGACAAUGUAAUAAGAAAAAGCUGAAAUAAAGACAACAAUAAUUAAUAAUAAUAUCAUUUGUCACUUACAACACAAAGCUGGUGCUAAGGUUCGAU